AUGGCUGAAGUUCAACAAGGCAUGGACAACCUCUCCGUCAAGGAGAACGUCCAAAAGCCUGCUGCUCCAAAAAAAGAAAAGAAGAAGGCUCCCCAGGGAAACCCUUUGCUCUUGGACCCACAGCCUGAGUUCUUGGACCACCGUAUCAAAAUCUUCGAUGAAAUCAAGGCCAAGUAUGAUGCUGAGAUUGCUGCCAAAGAAAGAGUCGCCAUCAAGAUUACCUUGAAAGAUGGCUCCAUAAAGGAAGGAACUGCUUUCGAAACAAGUCCUUUCGACAUUGCCUCGAGCAUCGGCAAGUCUUUCCUUGAAAGACAAGUCAUCUCGAAAGUAGAUGGGGAAUUGUGGGACUUGGAGAGACCUUUUGAGUCAGACGCCACUUUGGAAUUCUUGGACUUCGAACACCCAGAAGGUAAGGCCGUUUUCUGGCAUUCUUCUGCCCAUGUCUUGGGAGAGGCUUGUGAGUGCCAUUACGGUUGUCACUUGUCCUACGGUCCACCAACCGAGGACGGGUUCUUCUAUGACAUGUCCAUCAGAGACGGUUCGGGAGUUGUCUCACAAGACGACUUUGGCAACUUGGAGAAAGUUUCCACCAAGGUGAUCAAGGAGAAGCAAAAGUUCAUCAGAUUGGAAAUGACCAAGGACGAGUUGUUAAAGAUGUUUGCCUACAACAAGUACAAGGUGAGAUUUAUUUCUGAGAAAGUCCCAGACAACACCUCUACCACCGUCUACAGAUGUGGUCCUUUGAUCGACUUGUGUAGGGGUCCACACAUCUUGCACACUGGUAAGAUAAAGGCGUUCAAAGUCUUAAAGAACUCUUCGUCCUACUUCUUGGGUGACGCUGCUAACGACUCUUUGCAAAGAGUCUACGGUAUCUCUUUCCCGGACAAGAAAUUGAUGGAUGAGCACUUGAAGUUCUUGAAGGAGGCCAGCGAAAGAGACCACAGAAAGAUCGGUAAGGAGCAAGAAUUGUUUUACUUCAACGAGAUGUCUCCUGGUUCGGCUUUCUGGUUGCCACACGGUACCAGAAUCUACAACACCUUAGUCGAUAUGCUUAAGAGCGAGUACAGACAAAGGGGAUAUGACGAAGUCAUCACCCCUAAUAUGUACAACACCAAAUUGUGGGAGACCUCUGGUCACUGGGAGAACUACAAGGAGAACAUGUUUGCCUUUGAAGUCGAGAAAGAGACUUUUGGUUUGAAGCCAAUGAACUGCCCCGGUCACUGUAUUCUUUUCAAGAGCCGCGAGAGAUCUUACAGAGAGUUGCCAUGGCGUGUUGCCGACUUUGGUGUUGUGCAUAGAAAUGAGUUCUCUGGGGCUUUGUCUGGUUUGACCAGAGUCCGUCGUUUCCAACAAGAUGACGCACACAUUUUCUGUCAGCAAGAGCAGAUCGAGCUGGAGAUUGCCGGCGUAUUUGAUUUCUUGCAGAAGGUGUACGGAACUUUCGGUUUUGAGUUCAAGAUGGAGUUGUCUACCAGACCUGAAAAGUACGUUGGAGACUUGGAGACGUGGAAUAAUGCCGAGAAGAACUUGGAGAACGCCUUAAACAAGUUCAUGGGAGAAGGCAAAUGGGAGUUGAACCCUGCUGACGGUGCUUUCUACGGUCCUAAGAUCGAUAUCAAGAUCAGUGAUGCAUUGAAGAGAUGGUUCCAGUGCGCCACUAUCCAGUUGGACUUCCAAAUGCCUGCUCGUUUUGGCUUGGAAUUCAAGUCUGACACCAACGAAAAGGAGAAUGCACUUGCUAGACCAGUCAUGAUUCACAGAGCCAUCUUAGGUUCCGUCGAGAGAAUGACCGCAAUUUUGACUGAGCACUACAAGGGCAAAUGGCCUUUCUGGUUGUCACCAAGACAAAUUUUGAUUGUUCCAGUUGGUGCCAAGUACAUCGAGUACGCCGAGUCAUUGAAGGACGAGUUGGUGAAAAAGCACCACUUCUUUGCUGACGCUGACGUCACCGGCAACACCUUGCAAAAGAAGGUCAGAAACGGACAGUUGUUGAAAUACAACUUCAUUUUCAUCGUCGGUGAACAAGAGCAAAACGAGCACAGUGUCAAUGUCAGAAACAGAGACAUUCAAGAGGAGCAAGGCAAAAACGCCACCAUCAAAUUUGAGGAUGUCGUCAAGCAAUUGCACAAGUUGAAGGAGGAGAUGAGACAAGAUAACAAGUUAAACUAG